AUGAUAAGCGAAGAAGAGAAAAAUCAUUACAGAGAAGAAAAAGAAGAAGAAAAAGAAGAAGAAGAAGAAGAAGAAGAAGAAGGGCCUCACUGCAAGGGCCGGCUCGACUCCGGCGGCGAAGAAAGGAUAAGUGAAAAUGUCCCAAUUCUUAAUAUCACGUCUUGGGCAUAUUUCUUCAAUAUUUUCAGCCGAAAUAAAGUUAUUAUCUCGGCCCAAAAGUUCAGCUGGGUCCAAGCCACGAAAGACCACGCAGCCGAGUCCAACAUAUAUAGCUAUCUAAACAGAACUUACAGUUUUCAAAGGUUUUCAAAAGAAGAACAAGUGGGGACCCUGCACUGGUUUUUCCAUCCUGAGUCACUCGCCCAGUCAAGACUGGGUUCUGUGGGAGCCGACCCCCAGAAUGUGAUCACUAUAUUCAGUAUGGAUUUUUAUGGAGUACAAGAGGAUCAACACUCACCCCCAUUAUGUUUUUCAGAUAACAGUCGGUGCAGAGGCAUUUCCGCUACGCAUUUCAAGUUUCGAACCUGCAUGUUAAGUAAUUUCAUACUUACAGAUUUUAACCAGUUCAACAGAUCAGUUAAUGCUGGAAUAGUCCUACAUAGUAUCUUUAAGAAGCCAAUGAGCAUGAGUUUAAGAUAUAAGUCAGCCAAUAAGUAUCACAUUCUGGAUAUUGAGACGAUCAGUAAACCUCUCGGAAGAAUUUUAGAGGCGAAGAAAAAGUCAUCUGGAUAUGUGAAAGUUGAAGAUAAUCUGUUUAAUAUGACAAAGACUUAUAAGUUUCCAGUUAUAUUCGUCAAGAAGAAGAACGGAUCCAUGAGAAUGUGCAUUGAUUACGGGUAUUUAAAAAGUCAAGACUGCGUUCAGACGAGAUACGGUCUUUAUGAAUUUGUGGUUAUGCCGUUUGGUUUGAGUAAUGUACCAGCGGUGUACAUGGACUUGAUGAACCAUGUAUUCCAUUAG